UUGAUGGCAAGUGAAGAAGAAAAGAGAAAAAGAAUUAAAUGAAGUGAUUGUAGUGGGAGCCACGUAACGGUGUGUAGUAUUUGGGCUGUGGUUGUGGCUGUGGUGCGGUGUGAUUGGGCAUGCUCUCUGUGUGUGUGUGUGUAUCACUUUAGCAUUUUCUACACUGCGCACUUUUUCUUAUCCUUCACCACCACUCUCCACUCUCUUCUGCCUUCGAUCUUCAACACUACACUACACUACUCUACUCUACUCAAAUGCUUCUCCUUCUCCUUCUUCUUCUUCUUACUUGAUGAAUUUCUCAUCAUCCUCCUGAACUGAACAAUCAAUCAAACCAAUCUUCUUACCUACGGAUCUGCGCUCUAAAACCAAUCCAAUGGCUGGAAGUAACCAACCACUCAACCCCAACGAUUCCAAGAUGGUGGUUCCGUUGAACAUGUGGGUUUUGAUCUCCAAUUUUAAGUUAGCAUACAAUCUUCUCCGUCGUCCUGACGGGACAUUCAACCGUGACUUGGCAGAGUUUCUUGAUCGAAAAGUUCCGGCAAAUGCCAACCCUGUGGAUGGAGUUUUCUCAUUUGAUGUCAUUGUUGAUAGGGAAACUAAUCUCCUUACUCGAAUCUACCGUCCUGUUGAGGGAGAUGAAAAUCAUGUGAACAUUGUUGAUCUUGAGAAGCCUGUUACUGCUGAGGUUCUUCCUGUUCUUGUGUUCUUCCAUGGUGGAAGUUUUGCACAUUCUUCGGCUAACAGUGCUAUAUAUGAUACCUUGUGUCGUCGAUUGGUUGGUAUUUGUAAUGCCGUUGUUGUCUCUGUGAAUUAUAGGCGUGCACCUGAAAAUAGGUAUCCUUGUGCUUAUGAAGAUGGGUGGAAAGCUCUAAAAUGGGUUAGUACUAGAACUUGGCUGCAGAGCAAAAAGGAUAACAAGGUUCACAUCUACAUGGUUGGUGAUAGUUCGGGCGGGAACAUUGUGCACCAUGUUGCCUUGAAAGCUUUAGAUUCGGAAAUUCAGGUUUUGGGGAAUAUACUGCUCAAUCCAUUGUUUGGUGGGGAAGAAAGGACAGAAUCUGAAAAGCGUCUCGAUGGGAGGUAUUUUGUUAGAGUUAAAGAUAGAGACUGGUAUUGGAGAGCUUUUCUUCCCGAAGGGGAAGAUAGAGAUCAUCACGCGUGUAACCCUUUUGGUCCCAAGGGACGAAGCCUUGAAGGGGUUACCUUUCCUAAGAGCCUUGUCGUGGUUGCUGGUUUGGAUCUUGUUCAAGAUUGGCAAUUGGGUUACGCCAAAGGGCUUGAGAAAGCCGGACAAAAUGUGAAGUUACUAUUUCUAGAGCAAGCCACGAUUGGAUUUUACUUGCUGCCAAAUAAUGAGCAUUUCUCUCUUGUCAUGGAUGAGAUAAAACAAUUUGUCAACUUUGACUGUUCAUAGGCUUAACUUUUGCCACACAUGAAGGGUUUUUUAGAAAGACUGUGUAGGUAAUAGCUACGCCGCUUAUUAACUUGUUUACAUUUUGGCCUCUUUUAUGACUUUGCUCCCAUGAUUAGGUAGGUACUACUUAUAUGAUAUUACUUGUGUUGCAAGAAAUGGUGUAAUGUAAUCAGCAUAUAGCUAGCUAUAUUAUGUUUUCUGGAACACAUCAUCAGGAAAGUGGGUGUUGCAGAUAACUGAAAGUUUUUUAGGACAAAAAGGGGAGCUAUGGCCAUGUUUAUGGGAACCACUAAAGUUGUGAUUACCUACUUUGACUUUCAGCCAAAAAGAAGAGAUGAAGACAAUGUUUUCUAUUUAAGGGCUUCUUAUCUUUGAUGGCCAAUCAGUGGGGCUUGUCCUUAUAAGGCAAGUGUUAUAUAUAUAACUAAUUUGGGAACUCUGAUAGGGAAAGUAUCAAUCAUAUAUGUUGGUGCUGUUUGAUUAUAUAUACGUUUGUGUUAUCCUAGUAUAUGUGCUUUUAGUACUGUUCAUCUUUUCUCUAUAUUGCUAAUUUUAUGUUCUUGUGUCUUGACUUGUCCUCCUUGUUUGGCAAUGGACAGUCUUUGCAAUUGUAAAUGGAUUUUUUUUUUUUUUUUUACUUUUUGCUGUAAUGGUAGGGUUUGUAUUUGUAUUGUGUUUUUUAUGUAUGCAUUAGAUAUUUUUCAGUUUGUCAAAAAAUAAGAUAUUUUUCA